CACCACUGUUCGUCUGUUUCUUGCUAUGGCUGCUAUUCGUCACUGGCCCCUCCAUCAGCUUGAUAUUAAAAAUGUCUUCCUCCACAGUGAUCUUGAGGAGGAUAUUUAUAUGGAACAACCUCUUGGGUUUGUUGCUCAGGGGGAGUAUGGCCUUGUGUGUAAGCUUCACCGAUCUCUCUAUGGGUUGAAACAAUCUCCUCGAGCUUGGUUUGGUAAAUUUAGUCAUGUUGUUCAACUUUUUGGACUGAAACGAAGUGAAGCUGAUCACUCUGUUUUUUACUGUUAUACAUCUCCUGGAAAAUGUGUUUAUCUAAUGGUUUAUGUUGAUGACAUAGUGAUUACAGAGAAUGAUACUACUAAGAUCGCCCAGCUAAAAGAGCACUUAUUCAGUCAUUUCCAGACCAAAGAUUUGGGAUAUUUGAAGUAUUUCCUUGGUAUUGAAGUGGCUCAAUCAGGAGAUGAUGUUGUGAUUUCUCAAAGAAAGUAUGCUCUUGAUAUUUUAGAAGAAACAGGUAUGCAGAAUUGUAGACCUGUUGAAAGUCCUAUGGAUCCAAAUUUGAAACUCAUGGCAGAUCAAAGUAAAGUUUAUCCUGACCCCGAGAGAUAUAGGAGGCUUGUGGGAAAACUCAUUUACCUCACCAUUACUAGACCUGAUAUCUCCUUUGCUGGGGGAGUGGUUAGCCAAUUUAUGCAGAAUCCUCAUUUGGAUCAUUGGAAUGCUGUCAUGCGUAUUUUGAGAUAUGUUAAGAGAGCUCCUGAACAAGGCUUGUUGUAUGAAGACAAGGGUAAUACGCAACUAUCGGGAUAUUGUGAUGCUAAUUGGGCUGGCUGUCCCAUGGAUAGGAGGUCUACAUCAGGUUAUUGUGUCUUCGUUGGAGGAAAUCUUAUCUCUUGGAAAAACAAGAAACAAACUUUUGUUGCUCGGUCCAGUGCAGAAGCUGAAUAUUGAUCUAUGGCUAUGGUUACUUGUGAACUCAUGUGGAUUAAACAAUUUCUGCAAGAAUUGAGGUUUUGUGAAGAGUUGCAAAUGAAGUUGUAUUAUGAUAAUCAGGCUGCUCUUCAUAUUGCCUCAAACCCAGUCUUUCAUGAAAGGACUAAGCACAUAGAGAUUGAUUGUCAUUUCAUUCGAGAGAAGCUUCUGUUCAAGGAGAUUGUCACUGAGUUCAUUGGUUCUAAUGAUCAGCCAGCGGAUAUUUUGACUAAGUCCUUAAGAGGACCCAAAAUUCAGACUAUAUGUUCCAAGCUUGGUGCAUAUGAUUUAUAUGCUCUAGCUUGAGGGGGAGUGUUGAAUGUUUUAGUAUUUAUCUAUGUUUGGUAGCUUAAUUGGAAAGCUUUAUUCAGAAGGCACCAAUGAAUUAUCACUGUCAAUAGUCCUUCUCUCUCUCUCUUGUGUCUUGUAUAUAUGUAUCAUUUUGAAAUCAAUAAAAGCUAAGAGAGAAAGAGUGAGUUUUUUCCUCAACUCACCUCAGUCUUCAAGUCA